GAGCCUGUCGUUGCCAUGGACACCGUUGAUAGUUGAAGGAGAAGAAGAGGAAGUUGAAACUGACGAAUCUCCCGGCUGGUGAAAUGGGGGUAUCGCUGACCAAGGCAGCCCAGUGGACCAGCUCUGGUACUGGCAAACUGGAGUUGACGCCAAUGAAUGAGUCCUUGCUGAAAGAAGUGCUGCGCUCCGUGGAGCAGUUAGUCUCCAGACACCCACAGGAGGCCGAGCAUGUGUUCGAGGAGCCCCUCCACUGGAGUACCACUUUAGUGGCAUCUGAUUUCAAAACAGACUAUGACAUCAGUGAAUUCAAUGUACAGUCCCAUGAGAAAGACAGUGAAGGGCAACCACUGCUCCGGCUGUCUCCUCCGACUGUUUAUGUGCGAAGCUUCAGCCAGCUCUCUAAACUAGUUCAUCUGGCAGCUGAUAAGAAGCUGGAGGAAGCUCGAACGUGUCUAGAAGAAAACAGAGACGCCGUGGUUAAAAUUCUUGGCCCUCGCUUUGCUGACAUCUUGGAGAGAGAGGACACCCAAACCGAUCCGGUAGACGAAGACACAGCAAAGGACUCAGAGGUCAAGGUCAAGCUGUUUCGUUUGCUCCAAAAUAUGGACCGACAGCUCCUCAGCAAGCUGCUUGAAGAAAUAUCAGAACAAGUCAGGCUCGACCCGGCCGCAGCAAACAAUGACGUGGAGUCGCUGAAACAAUUCUGCAGUGGAGGGGACGAGAGGGUGUUGAAGUCGGUUCGAUACACAUCAGAUUAUGAAUUUUCAAACGGCUGCCGCGCCCCCCCGUGGAGACAGGUGCAUGGUGAGAUAUGUUACCUCAUAAUUGAGCCUUGUGACACCGAGGACCUCCACAUCACCUGCAGCACCGCUGGAGUUUAUCUCAACGCGGGCAUAAAACAGGAGGGGGCGGAGAGUGGCUACGAGCGAACAAGUGAUACGUACACAGACCUGCUAACACUCCUGAAGAGCAGAUCUCCAUAUUUCGCUGAGCACAUAAACAAGCAGAUGCCAAAGAAGGACAUGACAUCCAAGCCGCAAAAGAGCCAACAACUCCCAUCAACACAGAAGACCCAGCAAAGGAAAUCUGUUCAAAUGGAGGAACAAGGCCAACCCCAGAGGUCUCAACCUGGCGGGAAGAAAUAUGAACCAUCUCCAAGAUGGAGUAAUCAAGGUCUCGUGUCUCCAUGUGGAAAAGUGGAGGAAAACAACCCUGGACAGAAGAAAAAGCAGGCAACAGGAGCCAAGAGCAAGAUGAAAGCAGAAUUCUCUUUGUCUUCUUUACCUGGACGCAUGACUCCCCAGAAAAGUAAAACCCCAGCAGGAGCCAUGACGGGGGAGCUGUCCAGUGACAGUUCAACUGAGAGUGAGGAUGAAGAGCUGUCAGACCGUCGGCUGCAGAUUAAGACAGAACAGUCCCCUGACUACUGGCAGAUCUACAAACUACUCAAGUUCUUAAAGAGAGGCGACCAGACCGCCACCGUGCUCUGCCUGUGUGCCCUGUUGGACUUAAAUCUGAUGCAGGAGGGUUGCCAACUGGACAUCUGGGACAUAGGUGGCAUUGAAGUCCUCCUUAACUUGCUGGAUUCAGAUGAAGUCAAAUGCCAAAUUGGAUCUCUGAAAGUCCUACGAAAGAUUAGUCACAAUAUGCUAAUCUGUCAGACCAUUCUUGACAUGGACGGUCUGCAGAGCAUCGUGAAAAUUCUGGACAGGCCAUACAAGGACCUCAAGGCCUUAGCUGCUGAGACAAUCGCCAACGUGGCCAGGUUCCGCAAGGCCAGGACAACCGUCAGGCGAUGCGGCGGAAUCAGGAAACUGGUAAAGCUGCUGGACUGCGUGCCGAAUUUAGCCAACAUGAGUCCAAACCAGGAGAAGGAUGUGGAGGUGGCCCACUGCGGAGUUUUAGCGCUCUGGAGCUGCAGCAAGUGCAACAGGAAUAAGGAGGCCAUCCGCGUGGCCGGCGGCAUCCCGCUGCUGGGACGACUGCUCAAGUCGCCGGAUGUGAACAUGCUUAUCCCUGUGGUGGGCACCCUGCAGGAGUGUGCCUCAGAGGAAUGCUACAGGAUUGCCAUUAAGACUGAGGGCAUGAUCAAGGAUUUGGUCAAAAACCUAAGCAGUGACAACAAUGAGCUACAAAUGCAUUGUGCAAGUGCAAUCUUCAAGUGUGCAGAGGACAAGCAGACCAGUGACCUGGUGCGUAAGUACAAUGGUCUGGAGCCACUGGUCUCACUGCUGGGCAAGGCCAAUGACAAGAAGCUCCUGGCCGCAGCCACCGGGGCCAUCUGGAAGUGUUCCAUCUGCAAGAAGAACGUGGCUAAGUUUCAGGAACACAAAGCCCUGGAGUCCCUGAUUAGCCUGCUGACUGAUCAGCCUAUAGAUGUGCUGGUAAACGUUGUUGGAGCGAUGGGAGAAUUUGCCAAGGUAGCUGCUAACAGGGGAAUCAUCCGCAAGUGUAAAGGCAUCAAGCCACUAAUCAAUCUGCUCACCGAGACAAACCAGGCGCUGCUCGUGAACGUGACAAAGACAGUUGGUGCUUGUGCCAUAGACCGGGAUAACAUGACAGUCAUUAGCCAGCUUGACGGGGUCCGCUUUGUGUGGUCCUUACUGAAAAACUCCAGUACAGAUGUUCAGGCCAGCGCUGCGUGGGCCCUUUGUCCAUGCAUUGAGAAUGCCAAGGAUGCAGGGGAAAUUGUGCGCUCUCUUGUCGGUGGAUUGGAACUGAUUGUUAAUUUGCUGAAGUCAACAAACAACGAAGUCCUGGCAAGCAUUUGCGCCGCCAUCUCCAAAAUAGCCAAAAACAAGGAGAAUCUGGCAGUCCUCACUGAUCACGACGUUGUCCCGCUGCUGGCCAAGUUGACUAACACAACUGAUGACAGACUCUGUCUGCACCUCGCCGAGGCCAUCGGCCACUGCUGUAUGUGGGACGGCAACAAGGCAUCCUUCGGUGAAGCUGGUGUCGUGGCCCCCUUGGUAGACUACCUCAAAUCCCACGACAGCACAGUCCACUAUCACACAACCAUGGCCUUGUAUCAGCUGUCCAAAGACCCCAAUAACUGUAUCACCAUGAAUGAGAAGGGAGUGGUCAAGCCCCUCAUCCUCAUCAUGGGCUCUGAUGACGAGAAACUCCAGGAUGCAGCUGCUGGCUGUGUGCGCAACAUCCGACUUCAGGCUCUGGCAGGGAAGAUCACAGCACCCAAGAAAUUUUCAGUUGGGACUGCAAAAAGUUGUGGGAAGAGGCUCUGAGCUUUAUGUUUGACUUGUUAAAAUAGUGCACCCCCCCCCCGGGGUUAUUAAUAUUUGCUUUUGGGCCCUCCCCCUGACUUAGAAAAACAUUUCAACAGCUCAACUCAAUUCCACACAUUAGGAGCGGAAUCAGCAUUCGCCAAAAUAAUCGUAAACAUACCAAAUGUUGCAAAUUUCCUGCAUCCCAGGGUUUUUCCUGGCCGAAAACUAGGUGGGGGUGGUACUGAGUCGUCAAACUAUACAGAUAGUCCCGGAACUUAAAGGGAAAGUGGGUGGAUGAUAAGGACGAUAUCGCUCUCUGUCCCUACACUGGUUGCCUGUUCAUUUUCGUAAUGAUUUUAACACCCUUUCAGUCUGGCUUUCAUGUCAUGCUCUAUAAUGUUCUCGCUUUUUAAAAUUUCAAUUUUAUUUGUUAUCAAUUAUUAUUUGUAUUUUUUACUAUUCUCUACUUUUCUACUCGUUUUAUCAUUUACUUCAUCUUUUUCAAUGCAUGAGUGCAUCGGUCUCUGAGCUCGAUCCUUUCUCUUAACAUUUUGUCAAUCGCUUGUAAAGCACUUUGAACUGCAAUUGAUUUGUUUCAAAAGGUGCUAUAUAAAUAAAGUUUGACUGAUUGA